AUGGGUAGUAAUACGUCACAUGGUUCAAAAUUAAUUUAUUUAAUGAAAUGUUUAAAAUUAUUACUAUAUAAAGGAGUAGCUCGUACUGAAUCGAAAACGCCAUUGGAAUUUAUUGAUGUAGCUCAAAAAGAAGAGCGUUUAGAUCAAUUACAAAUCUCGAAAAGGAUUACUAUGUUUAUUCUAUGCUUCAUGGCGGAUCGAAUGGUGCCAAAUUCAAGGUUGCAUUUUCUAAGGAAAAAAAUGAGAUAG